AUGGAAACCGGCCAAUCAGAAAGCCCGAACCAGGCCAGCGAAUCAGAUAUCAAGGAGCAGCCAGAGAACGGUCACCUGGGCUUCCAGGACAGCUUCGUGACACCUGGAGUCUUCACGGUGGCCGAGCUCGUACGAGUCUCACAGACUCCCAUCGCGGCCGGUACCGGUCCAAACUUCUCUCUGGCCGACUUGGACAGCUCCUCCUACUACAGUAUGAGUCCAGGAGCCAUGAGGAGACCACUGCCCAGCACCUCCUCCUCCAGCUCUGCAAAGAGGAUAAAGUGCAUGGAGGAGGACGUGGACAGUCCGGGGGAGGAGUCCUACUACCCCAGCCAGGGCCGCUCUCCGGGCAGUGGCAGCCAGGCCAGCAGCUGGCACGACGUGGAGCCAGGGAUGCCGUCACCAGCCGCCGGCGCUCUGAAGAAGUCAGAGAAGUCCGGUUUCUGCGGCGCCGCCUCCACUUCCUCCUCUACUUCCUCCUCCUCCCCCCGAACGGCUUUCACACACCACCACCGGCCUGUCAUUACCGGGCCUCGAGGUGAGGUCAACCACACCCCCUCCAGCCUCCACUUCUCCUCCUCCCCCAUCCUGCAGCAGCCCGGCUCCUACUUCUCCCACCCGGCCAUCAGGUACCACCCCCAGGAGACGCUCAAGGAGUUCGUCCAGCUGGUCUGUCCUGACUCCGCCCAGCAGGCCGGACAGGUGGGCUUCCUCAACCCCAAUGGUAGCUCCCAGGGAAAGGUGCACAACCCCUUCCUGCCGACGCCCAUGCUGCCUCCCCCUCCACCACCCCCGAUGGCGCGUCCUGUCCCGCUGCCCGUCGACGCCAAGCCGCCCUCCACCUCGUCCACCGAGGGGGGAGGAAACUCACCCACCUCACCCACGUACUCCACCCCCACCACGUCUCCAGCUCAGCGGUUCGUCAGCGUCGGACCCAGAGAUCCCGGCUUUAACAUCCCUCAGCAACCACAGUGGUACCUGGGAUAAGGACUCCAGAGGCCCCUCCCCCUCCACCCACCUGUACGACAGAUCGCUGCAGUCUCCUCCUCCACCUUUGACCUUUGACGCCAGCUGUGACAGAAAGCCCCUCCUCCCCCCUCUGCGCCUGACUCCGCCCCCACCAGCGCCAUACACAGACUCAGCAGCAUCAGCAUGGCUACAGGCCCCGCCCCCGGUGUUAAACACCUGCUCUGUAAACUGUAGACUUCCUGUAGACAUAUGACUCAUAUGUCAGUGUCCAUAUAUAGUGCCAGACCCUGCCCCCCCCUCCUAAUCCAGACCAGGCUGAUCAGUGGGGGCACCGAGCCUUCAGUAAGACUCAAUCACAGAGCUUCCCCUCUGGAGAAACUACAUAUUUGCUCUCCCAUCAUCCUUUGCAGUGUGAAUCCAAUGGACUUGCAGUGGUACGAC